CCAUGUACCUGUCGGUGUGUUGCUCCAAGGAUAAAAACAAGGCUGCCCCUUACAUGUUCUGUCAAGACCAGGAGGUGAACGACGAGGGUGCACGAGUGGAAACUCUGGCCCAGUCGCCGGAAAGCAACAACGAGGUGCUGCUGAUGGUGAACGUGGAGAAGACGUACAGCAACUGCUACUACACCAACAGGGCUGUGUACCCCACAUCCCUGGGGAUGUCACCAAACGAAAGCUUCGGGCUGCUGGGGAAGAGCAACUCAGGCAAAACCAGCAUUCUGAAGAUGAUUAUUGGUGACACUCAGCCUACGGCCGGGGAUAUCUAUGUGCUCAAACACAACGUCAAGACGGAGCUAACGAAGGCCAGCACCAAGCUGGGUUACUGCCCUGAGAACAACGCCCUCCAUGACAUGCUCACGGGGCGGGAGACGCUGUACCUGUACGGGAGGAUCAGGGGCGUCCCCGACAGAAGCUUAGAAGAUGUCGUUGAGGUCGUUAUAGACUUUAUCACGCUCCGGCCUUACGAGAAUAAGGUGGUGAGAAGAUACAGCCACAACAACAAACGAAAACUCUCCCUGGGUAUCGCCAUCAUGGGGAAACCCGUUCUGCUGGUGCUGGAUAUGCCGACCGUAGGUAUGGGCCGCAUGUCCAGGCGGAUCAUGUGGAACGUCUUGCACCUGAUCCAGAUCUCUGGACACAGUCUCAUUAUAGCCACGCGCAGUAUUGAGGAGUGUGAAGCGCUGUGCAUGCGAAUGGCUUUCAUGCUCAACGGGCGGCUCAUCACCAUAGGGAGCCCGCAGGACCUCAAGCUCAGGUACGGCCAGGGCUACUGGGUGGUGCUCCAGCUCAACGUCACAAAGUCUGGGUCGUCCAAGAUACUCGACGACGUCAUCGUCUUUCUGCACCGCACGGUUCAAAGCACACACGUCACCAGUGUUGCAGAGCGUGUCAUCAUCAGGGAAGCGGACUCGUGCGAGAUCCACUACCCCCAGCCCGUCUCUCUGGUCUCGCUGUUCAGGAGUCUGAUUCUAGCCAAGGAGAGAUUCAACCUGCGGGCAUUCAGCGUGCAGCAGUUGACUCUCAGACACAUCUUCCUCAUGCUCAUCAACGACAGAGCGUCCUUCUAGGCACAAACAUCGCCGCAUAAGCGUAGAGACUGAUGCAGAUAUUUCAUCCAGUCAAGAGAGGGGGGGGGACGUUA